AUGGACAACAACGAAAUACCAAAAACACAACCUUUGACGCUUGCCGAAGGCUCGUCGAACCGAUCAGAAUCGGAUUCCGAGUCCGAGGAUGGUGAUGGUGUGGACUAUAAUGGACAUUUUUUGACAAACGAAGUGUUUCCGAGUUUUGAGGAUGUUGUUCUAUGGGCACAAAAUGUUUGUCGACCGCUCGGAUUUAUGUUAGUGAAGGCUUCUUACAAGACCGAUCGGAGUGGUCGACCGUAUCGAUAUGUGAGUUGUGAUCGUGGAAAAAAGGGCAUGAUAAGAGACAUGAUGAACGCGAUACGCAAAGACACCAAAAGCAAGACAAACAAUUGUCCCUUCAAACUCAAGGUUGAGUAUGUCAGAGUAGUAAAUGGUUGGAAGCUUAGUUGCUUGAACGGAACUCACAAUCAUUCUUUGGUUGUUUAUCCCGAGGGAAAUCGACAAAUUAGUGGUCUUAGUAUUGCUGCUAAGCAGGUAGUGCGUGACAUGACUCAGGCACAGGUGCCACCUCUACAUAUCAUGAGAACUCUUGUAGAAAAGUUUCCCGGAGACCAUCCUAACAUCAGGCAUGUCUACAACUGCAGAAGUAAAAUAAGAAUGGAGCAAUUUGAAGGAAGAGAAGUAGUUCACCAGGUGCUUCAUUUGGCCAGACAGAGCAAAUACCUCACUUGGGUUUUUACUGAUUCCAACAAUGUGUUGCAACAUGCUUUCAUGGCACACCCGAUCAUGACAAAUUUGCUUCGCACAUACCCGUACAUGAUGGGUAUGGAUUCCACUUACAAGACGAAUCGAUACGGCAUGCCAUUCUUUGAGAUUGUUGGGGUUACACCAACUAAUCAAAACUUUCUUGUUGCAUACGCAUUCAUGAGGUCAGAGUCUCAGGAAAGUUAUCGGUGGGUGCUUGAGUGCUUGAGGUUGUUGAUCGGUCAUCAUAGAGAGCCAUCGGUACUACUGACAGGUAGGGAGCUUGGCCUUUGUGCAGCGUUAAAGAGCGUGUUUCCAAACACAAGACACAUGUUGUGUGUGUGGCAUAUUAACAAAGAUGUUGAGGCGAGGUUACUUCCAUGUUUGAAAAAAAAGGAGAUUGGUGCCAAGUUCAAAAAUGGGAGGUGGAGGCUUGUGAUUAAUGCUACAUCUGAAGAGGCAUAUAACAGAGAACUUGCAGUGCUGAAAACCAAGUGGAGUCGAUGGCCGAAAGUGAUUGAAUAUGUUAUGGACACUUGGCUCGUACACAAGGAGAAGUUUGUAUUGUUUUGGACAAACCAGGUACUACACUUUGGCAAUGUUAACAACUGCAGGGUUGAGAGCCGGCAUUCAGCAUUGAAGUGUUGGAUUGACAGUUCAACAAGCUCUUUGGACACGGUUUGGGCUCAAGUGCACUGCUCGAUUGAGAACAAGAUCAUAGCCAUUCGUAAUGGAUUGGAGGCAUGUUGA